UUAUCUUGCAAAGUCGGUGAUUUUUGUGUGCGGAUUUUUCGUCAAAAAAUGUCAAUUUCCGUCAUUGAAAGGAAAAAUAUCGAGUUGCCGUUUACUUUGCCACUUCCCGGAGGCCUCUCAGUGCCUGACAAGCUCGAAUUCGGCGUAAAUUUGGAAGAUGACUCAUGCUUGGCGAUAACAUUCAAAACCGCAGACGAUGAUUUAAUCGAUUCUCGAGUACCUUUAAGCUUAUCGCUGUCGUUGGAGCGAGUCAUUUGCAAAAGUGGCAAAAAUAAACAAUGGGAUCACGUAGAAUUGGUCAAACGCUUUAAAAUUCCGAAAAAUUUUCGUCUUGGCAUCGUUACGCGCAACACUGGAUACCGCUUGGAAGUCAACGGAAACCUUUAUUGCUCGUUCCCGCAUCAAUUUCCUCCAUCUGCGGUGCAAAAUUUACAAAUUUCCCUCGAAAAAGGCACGGGAAGUGUCAAUUUUUUGACUUUACUGAAGGAAAUUCGAUGGAUUUCGGCGAAAAUCGGCUCCCAAAUUGCUGGAAUUGCUCUCGAAGCGGGCCGGGACGACGAAAAUAACGGAAUUUACGUGGCAAGAGGCUUAAAAAAUAACAAAUUAUUGGUUGUGUCGGUGAAUUAUGCAAAAAAUAAGGCAACUGUAGCUUUGGAGGGCAAAGAAUGGCCCAUUGAGGAUUUUACGGUGCUUCAAAAUGGCUCGUUUUUUGGUUGGAAAAGACUUUUGGAGGAUAAAAGUCUUCCAGCGAGGGCAGUUGAAGCGGGUUUUGAUGAAAAUGGGAAUAUUUUGUACGUCGGAAGGGUCGCGCAUGAGAGAAAUUUGCUUCUUGGAUCAGUUAACAUCGGAAAUUCCGUUCUUUCAGUACCUUUUAAGGGAAAAGAAUUAAAAUUUUCCUCAAAUUAUGAAGUUUUAACGAUUCUCACGCCAAAAGAAGUGAAAAAUAUUGAACAAGCGAACAUUUUUAAUCAAAAAUUGCGAGAAUUAGACUCCCGAGGAUACAUUCCGAACUCAGAAUCCUUCGAUUGUGCCAUUUGUAUGGACAAAUGUCAGCGUGGAGAUGGCGUUAUACUUCGAGAAUGCCUUCAUGAGUUCUGCAAAGAGUGUUUGGCGAAUCAUAUUAAGCACAGCGACGAAGCAGCAGUCAAGUGUCCCUUUCAAGAUGACGUCUAUCAGUGUCUUUGUUUCCUGCAGGACCGCGAAAUUCGGGCAAUUGUCACGAUGGAGCUGUACAAAAAGCAUUUGGCAAAGUCCUUGAGGCAGGCGGAGAGUCAAAUGGAAAAUACGUUUCAUUGUUUGGUGGCAAAUUGCGAGGGAUGGUGCACCUAUGAUGAAAAUGUGAUAAUGUUUGUGUGUCCCAUUUGCCAAGCACGGAAUUGUUUGAAGUGUAAGGUAAUUCACGACGGAACAUGCGAAGAAUAUCACGAAAAACUGAAACGAGAUCGCGAAUUACAACAAAAAGCUGAAAACGAUAAACAAACUCAAGCUCAAAUGGACGCCAUGUUGCGAAAUCGAGAGGUUAUGGAGUGUCCCAAAUGUGGAGCAAUCAUCCAAAAGACUCAAGGAUGCGACGGAAUGAUUUGCGCUGUGUGCAGAGUAUCGAUUUGCUGGGCAACACGAGGAUUAAGAUGGGGACCAAGAGGCGUUGGAGACACCUCGGGAGGAUGCAGAUGCAAAGUAAAUGGGAUGAGAUGUGCUCCGAACUGCCAGAAUUGCCAUUGAACUUAAAGAAAUAUGACAGUUCCUUAAAAUGAAGUUCCUUUAAAUUUACAUUUUCAGUAUUUUUAAUAAACUAAAGAAAUGAAAAUCUAUAAAAUAAAUAAAAAUUGAAAAA